GGACCAACCAGGCAAAAACGGGAGGAGUGACCUCUCAGCUGAGAGGGCCGACUGAGCCUUCCUUGGCCUGGCCUGGCCUGGCCUGGCUUGGGACUUGGCCCUUGACCAUCCUCACACCCGACCAUUGGCAACACCGACCUUAUUUCCCAGCUCGCUCUUCACUCCUUUCAGUCUCUCCAUACUGCCAACUGACGUCGUCCUGCAUAGCUGAAAAGAGGGCGUCCUUCCUUCUUUCCUUCUUUCCUUCCUACCUUCCUACCUUUCUACCUUCCUACCUUCCUACCUUCCUCCCGCCCUCCCUCCCUCCCUCCCCACCUCUUCCGCUCCUCACUCCCUCUCGAGUCCGCAACACUCCCGCUCUCUUGCCGUCAUCGUCGUCUUUCUUUCUCUCUCUCUCUCUCUCUCUCUCUCUCUCUCUCUCUCUCUCUCUCUCUCUCUCUCUUUUCUGUCUUUAUCACUCAUCCCCAUAUUCUCAUUUCACCUAUCGAACAUGCCACACCCCUCACGAACUCGUCGUCACCUGAGGAGAGACAGCCACCAGAAUUACGACACCCAGGGCACUUUCGACCGCUGGCAGCGACAGCUCGAUGCCGCCGAUCUCCUUCAGGGCCGGAACCAGCAACUGCGGAAACAGCCAGAACGGCCGCCCUCCUACCUCGAUCCAGUUACUGCACCACAAUCGCUCUCCUCAAUACCCUCUCCAUUCUCCUCCCCCGCCUCUGACGAUCCUCAGAAUCUAUCCCAAAAUGGAGAAGACGAGGACAUCACCUGGCUGCUCGCUGUUGUACUGACAUCAGCCCUCCUGAUCUCGCUUGCAUCCAUUAUCCGCACCUGCGGCCAGAAGGUCAACUGGCUUUCUGCCUCCAGCAGCAAUAGCGGUCAUGGAGGAGCCCACAGAAACCACGGACAUGGACAUGGACCAGGCAGAGGACCAUCUCGCUAUCCUGGCUCAGGCCCACACCAGGUCCCUGGUGAAGACGAUCCUGAUCCAGACCAGGGACUGAACGAGAAUGACGAACGCUGGGCACUCAUGACAGAAGCCCAGCGGCAGGCAUUCGAUUCCACCAGAGGUAAUGCAUUCCUCCCGUCUUUAACAUUCACCGCAGUCUAUUAUUGGAAUUCAAUACGAUGCCAUGGACUGCGUUCAUAACACCAACAAGACAACAGGACAACAACGUCUACUCCACGGAGCACAGUAGCCUGGUAGCAGGAUUACCUUGAGAGUAGAACAUGGACAUUCCUCUCUAUCUACUGUGUACGCAACACACAGCGGAUUAGCAGCACAAAACAGG